UGAAUAUGUCUAAUAUAAACUUUCAUUUUGCUCUGUUUUGCUUCCGUUUGGUUCUUAAACGGUAAACGGUUUUCGUAAUGAAUACACCCCUCUUAUCUGGAGAAAAGAAACGCGCAUUGCGCAGGCAUUGUACAGACGAAACACGGAAGAAGUCACUUCAGCAUGAGUAGCAAGGACUACGCCUACAGACCAUCGUUUUGAUUUCGGCAGAAUUAGGAUACCUCUAUUUUGAACUUCUUAUCUGAAAAGGCGGUACCCUUCUUUCUAUUCACACUUGGUUGCAACGUAGGCUACAGUAGGCUAAUUAUAGUGAGUCGAGAGGAGCUGACAGCCUGAUUACCACAUUCGUCGCAACAUUGUAGCUGACUAGGCGAGUGCCAUCAGUGUAGCUAGCAAUGUAACAGAACAAUGCAACAUUUUUAAGCAAGACUGAUACUUUUGUUUCCCGUAAUUUAAAGUAAAGAUGACAGCUCGCAGCAGUGUAACACAUGGAAUACCUAACACUAAGGUCAGGUACUCCAAAUUAGCCAGUGAUGAUGACGGCUACAUUGACCUGCAGUUCAAAAAGAGCCCACCAAAGGUCCCAUACAAAGCCAUUGCACUGGCCACCGUCCUCUUCUUGAUUGGCUCGCUGUUAAUCUCCAUUGGAGCCCUCCUAUUGGCAGGGUACUUUGAAGUCACACAUGCUGACCGGACUGUGCCUGUUCUCAUCAUUGGAAUCCUGGUUUUCCUUCCUGGAUUCUAUCACCUGAGGAUAGCUUACUAUGCAUCGAAAGGCUACCGUGGUUACUCCUAUGAUGAUAUCCCAGACUUUGAUGACUGAGCCACUCCUAACUGAGGCAACUCAUAUGUUAUUUUCAUAUAGCAUUGUUGAAUACAGUAAACAGAUUGGGAUUGAGGUUAGUCCUAAAACAGUCCUUUGAUGUUUAUGUUCAUCAUAGAAUGUCUGUUGUCUUUUUGUUUUUUGACUGAAUUACCACCAUAGUUCAUUAUGAUUGAUUGCUAUAUUUAGUUUAGAUAUGUUCGUGUUAUUGUUUCUAACAAAGAACAUAUGUUUUUUUAGUUGACGGAUCAAUUGGAAAUGUGAUUCUAGGAUGCUUUUUUCCCCCUCAACAUAUAAAAGAGAAGGACAUAAUUUCUGUGUCAAUAAAAUACUUAGCUGUGCUGUGAGGGAG